UUGUACUCUGGCGCCCGUUCUCAACCAGAUGAUUAUCUACAGAUUGGUGCAAAAUUCGUGAUAGGCACCUAUAAAUGACGUCAGAUAUCGCUAAACGUCAGAGAACUGUUCCAUCAGCUAAAGUAUUUGAAUUUAUUUGGAAGAGACCAGUUCCUGAAGUUUUGCAGACUGGGGAGUAUUUUGAUCGAUAUGACGAGGAAACUGGAAUUUUAGAACCAAACUGUUUUGUUCGAGUAGAUAAAGAUGGCUUUUUUAUUUACUGGCAAAGUGAAAACAAUGAUAGUCAGCAGCUUGAACUCUCCCAAAUAAGUGAUGUUCGUUCUGGGACAAAACCCAAGGAUGAAAAAUUAGCUUUACAAAUUCAAGAAAAAUCAGGCAAAUCAUGGGAUCGUAUUGUGACAAUAUGCAGUGGUUUAGAUUUAGUCAAUAUUAAUUAUACUCAUAUGGUAGCUAAAGAUGCUGAAACAGCUUCUUUUUGGAUACAAUCUUUGCGAAGUUUAACACAUAAUACAAAAGCAGCUAAUGUAUGCCCUAUGACUCAAUUGAGAAAACACUGGCUACGGCUAACACUCACUUUGAAUGCACGUAAUCGUAUACCUGUACGUGUAAUUAUGAAAACAUUUGCCUCAGGUCGUAAUGAACGUAUUGUUUAUCAAAGUUUAAAAGAUUUAAAUUUACCUCAUGGAAAGAACGAUGAUAUUGAUCCGAAUGAAUUUCCAUUUGAAAAAUUCUAUGAAUUAUAUCAUAAAAUAUGUCCUCGUACAGAUAUUGAAGAUUUAUUUAAAUCUCUAUCCAAAGGCAAAAGUCAUAUACAUGCAGAUAAAAUGAUUGAGUUUCUUAAUGAAACUCAACGUGAUCCUCGUUUAAAUGAAAUUCUCUAUCCAUUUGCUAACAAACAAACGAUUAAGUAUAUUCAAGAAAAUUAUGAAACACAAGAAGAAUUUAAAAAUACUGACGAAAUAUCCAUUGAAUGCUUUUAUCGUUAUUUAAUGUCGGAUGAUAAUGCAUGUGUAUUUUUGGAUAAAUUAGAUAUUUAUCAAGAUAUGGAUCAACCACUUAGUCAUUAUUAUAUUAAUUCAUCACAUAAUACAUAUUUAAUUGGACGACAAUUCGGUGGUAAAUCAUCAGUUGAAAUGUAUCGACAAGUACUGUUAGCUGGUUGUCGAUGUAUUGAAUUAGACUGUUGGGAUGGUCGAGGUGAAGAUCAAGAACCAAUCAUCACGCAUGGUAAAGCAAUGUGUACUGAUAUAUUGUUUAAGGACGUGAUUUAUGCUAUUCGAGAUACAGCAUUCGUUGCAAGCGAUUGUCCUGUAAUCAUGUCAUUUGAGAACCAUUGCAGCAAACAUCAACAAUAUAAACUAGCGAAAUAUUGUGAAGAGAUACUUGGAGAUAUGUUAUUGACAAAACCUUUAGAUAAUUAUCCGUUAGAACCUGGUGUUGCAUUACCUCCUCCGGAAAAAUUGAAAAGAAAAAUUCUUAUUAAAAAUAAACGUUUAAAACCGGAAGCUGAAAAACAACAAUUAGACUUAUUUUUAAAAGGUCAAACUGAUGCUAUUCAAGAAGAAAAUGAAGUCACCGAUGAUCCGGAUUUACCACUGGAUAGAGAUGAUGGUGAUGGAUGCUCAGCGAAUAAACCAAACAAUGGCGAGUUCAAUCCAACUACUACUACUACUACUUCUGCCACUACAACUACUACUGGCUCCGGUGGCGGGAGUGAAUCUACAAUAUCUACAGUUCCUGCUCCACAAGUACUUAGUAGUUGUGCUUCUAGUGCGGAAUUGAAAAGAUUACAAUUAAAAAAGGAGGAAGGAAAUUUAACAGCUGAAGAAGAACAAAUAAUGAUGGCUCAUUAUCAUUAUACUGGUGCUACAAGUAGUAUUCAUCCAUUAUUAUCAUCGUUUAUUAAUUAUGCUCAACCUGUAAAAUUUCAAGGAUUUGAUGUUGCAGAAGUGGGUAAUAUCAGUCAUCAAAUGUCUUCAUUCAAUGAAAGUGUCGCAUUGGGUCUGAUCAAGAAAGAUUGUAUUGCAUUUGUCAAUUAUAAUAAACGUCAAAUGAGUCGAAUAUAUCCUAGAGGAAAUCGUGUCGAUUCGAGCAAUUAUAUGCCACAAAUAUUUUGGAAUGCCGGUUGUCAAAUGGUCGCGUUGAACUUUCAAACUCCUGAUUUAGCUAUGCAAUUGAAUCAAGGAAAAUUUGAAUACAAUGGUAAUUGUGGCUAUUUAUUGAAACCAGAAUUCAUGCGACGUCCAGAGCGUCAGUUUGAUCCAUUCUCCGAAUCACCAAUGGAUGGUGUUAUUGCAGCGACAUGUGAAGUGAAAAUUAUAUCUGGACAAUUUUUAUCCGAUCGUAAAGUUGGUACUUAUGUUGAAGUAGAUAUGUAUGGCUUGCCAACAGAUACAAUUCGUAAAGAAUUUCGUACUCGAGUUGUUCCUAAUAAUGGAUUAAAUCCAGUGUAUGGAGAUGAUGCUGUUUUUGUAUUUAGAAAAGUUGUACUUCCAGAUCUUGCUGUAUUACGAUUUGCAGUGUAUGAAGAUACAGGCAAAUUAAUAGGUCAACGUGUUCUACCAUUGGAUGGUUUACAAGCUGGUUAUCGUCAUAUCUCUUUACGUACUGAAGGCAAUUUUCCACUUUCAUUACCAACUCUAUUUUGUCAAGUAUCGCUAACCACAUAUGUUCCAGAAGGAUUGAAUGAUUUAGUCGACGCCUUGUCAGAUCCUCGUGCAUUUUUAAGUAAAGAAGAACAACGGAUGAAACAACUUGCCAGUAUGGGUAUCGACUCGUCAGAAAUCGCUGAUGUCCCAUCAACUGGCGGUGGCAAUGCCAAACGUACUGGAGUUGGUAGUAGCGGUGGCGGUGGUGGUGUUGGUGGCGGUCUUGGUGCUAGUAGUAGUGGUUUUGGUGGUGGUACUUCUGGACAAUUAAGUGGUUCAGCUAUGUCCAGUUUAUCAGGAAUCUCUGGUGAUAUGUCAAAUGCUUCAUCGAAUAGUAUUAAAAAAGAUGAAAAGAAAGAUGAUCCUAAAUUUGAUCCGAUCUCGAUUAGUUUAUUACAAACUGAUAAAAUCUAUCAAAAAUUAAUUAAAAAACAAGCUAAAGAAUUAGAAGUUUUACAAAAACGACAAGAGAAAGAUGCUGUUUCCAUGUUACGCAAUCAUACAAUGAUUACGGAUAAGUUGAAUACAAGUCAUGCAAAAGAACGUUCUAGUACAAAAAGAUCAAUGAAUAAGGAAAAUGGACAAAAUGCUGCUUUACAGGAUAGUCAUCAUAAUCAGAUGUGUGAACUUGUUCGUCAGCAUACCGAUCAAUGGAGUAGUUUAAAAUCAACACAAAUGAAAGAAGUUUAUGAUUUAGUGUUAAGUUUUUUUGAUGCACGUAAAGAUUUAUUAAUUAAGAUUAUGAAAGAGGUACAAGAAGAACAAAAACGUGAAUUACGCAUUAUACAAGAUCGUGAAGUGAAAGAAAUGAAAGCUCAACAAACCAAAGCUUCAAUUGAAUCUAAUCGUUCUGUAAUGAAUGAUCGUAAAUUACGCAAUAAAGCGGAACGUGAUCGUCGUAUCCGUGAAUUGAAUGAUUAUAAUACAAAACGAUUUAUUGAUCAACGUAAACUACAAGCUCAACGCCAUGAGAAACAAACAUUAGAAUUGAAUAAACGUCAUAAUUUCGAUGAACAAGAAAUUAUCAAUGGCAUUAAAAAGGAACGUGAAGAAUUUAUUCGUAAAUAUGAAGAAGAUCUUUUAGCAUUGAAACGUGCAACUGUCAUCUAGAUUGUCCUGUCCAUUCAUUCAUGCUAUGCAUAUACGCAUAUGCAUAUAUACAUGUAUACACAGACACAGACACACACACACACACUAUACACAUUUCUUCAAUCAUGAUAGAAAUGUGCAUUUCUAUCUGAUUGAAUUUUACAACUACUACAUUACAAAAAAAAAUAAGAGUUCUGUUAUUUUUUGGUGUUUGUUUGCUCAUCUUGAUAUUUUGUGCUGUUUAUUACUAAUGUUAUUGUUAUUAUUAUUUCUCAGGGUCGAUAUGAUUCAUUGUUUUUCUCUUUUUUCCUUGUCUACUUACUACCUUUUCUGUGUUGUGAUGUUGUAAUUUUUGUCAAUUUAAUGUUCAUGACACACAUGAUAUGAGCAUUACUACUAUUAUUAUUAUUAGUGUCUCAAGCAUAGACAAUGACCAAAAACUGAAUAUUGGUAUUAUUAUUAUUAUUAUUAUUAUUACCAUUAUUCUAAUCUUUAUUCUGUGCGAUAAUUGAAAUAGAUUUUUGUUCUUGUUACAAAUGUCAACUGCUCACUCACUCUAACUCACCACACUCUUUAAACAUACUUUUGUAAAAAAAAAGAAAACUUUCACAUACUAUUAUAACCUACUUAUAGAUUGUGACUAGUAGUAUACAGAGGAUUUGGACGAAAAAAUAUAUAUAUUGUAUUAUUUAAAUGUAAUGUGGAUUUACAUCAAGUCAACGUGUAUUAUAUAACUAACUAGUCAAUGGACCUUGUCGAUAUUUCCCAAUCUGGAAGAAAUUGUUCAUUUUGUCUUUUCUUAGUCUAACAACAACACAUUGUUUGUUGUUGUACAAUCUAUUUCUUCCUCUCUUUAUUACAUGCACACACACACACACACACUCCUUUGACAAUCAUGUGCUCGGCAUUCGUAUAUACAUAUACUAUGUAUGUAUAUAAAGAUGUAGAAGUCUUGGAGUUGAAAAGUAUUGUCUGUGAUAUAAUAUAACUUGCUACUUUUAAUUCUGUUUGUUCCAAUGUUUUGUUACAAUAUACGGACGAACACAAUUUACGUAUCAUUAUUUACGCACUCCAACACACACACACACACAUACACAUAAUUUGAAUGUGUUCUGUGCAAUAAAUUAUUUUGCCAAUCAAAUUGAAUGUUGAAGAAAUCAACACAGCAAUAUAAUUUGGAUGUUUCUUUUUCAGUAUGUCAUCUGAAAUUCUAUGUUUAAUCUAUGAACAAUAAUCAUCUUGAACAUAUUGAUAAUUAUAGUUUUUUUUGUUGACAAAUUAUCUCUAUACAAGUAGAACUAUAUACUACUUAUUGUUAUGUUAGAUUGUUAGGUUUAUUAACAAGUACAACCAACACAACUAAUAAUAAUAAUAAUAAUUUAAUACAAAGAAAACAGGGAUAUGCCAGUAAGUAAGUAGUUCAUGUGUUAUAUAUGCUUCUUGUAUGUUUGAGAAUGCACAGUGUUACAUUUUAUACAACUAAAUAUCUAUCCUGUUUACACACAUGCACAUACAUACAUACAUAUAUAUUUUCAUUGUAUAAACAUUUAGAGGAAUUAUUUUUUACUAAAACAAAAAUUAAAACAGAAUCUGUUUAUUGCAUAAAUAAUAAAUUAGACAAAUUGAAAAUGGACAGACAAUCUUGUCAUUAAUUAUUCAAUAAUUACUAUUGUAAACUUUCUUGCAUUGUUGUUAUUAUAUUUGUUUGACUAGAGAUUUUGUUGUGUUUUUUCUUAUUGUAUGUAUGUACACUCAAUUGGACAAGAUCAUACACAUACUACACACCUUUUGUGUUUUCAUGUCUCUCUCUCUCUCUGUGUAUGUUUUUCUAACUUGUAAUAGAUUAUUCUUAUUGUUAUUAUUAUUGUAUUUGAUGUGAAUAUACUUUUUCUAUUAUAAUUUUAACUGUAGACACGGCUAUGGGAAAUUGAGAAACAGAAGAAACUAAUGAAUGGACAUUAUGUAAAAUCACGUGUCGUGUGUACUUGCACUUAUUCCAUUUUACAUUUCUUCUUUUAUUUUUCUGUUGUAGUUGUGGUUGUAGUAGUUGUGGUAGUAGUUGUUGUUAUUGUUAUUGGUGGUAUUGAACAGAAAUAACUACUUUAAUUGUACACUUUCUUUUCCAUUGAUAUUGUAUUGUGUUUGUUUUUCAACAACACUCGGGAGAAGCGGAGGGAAGGGAACAAACAAACAAACAUGUCAAACAAAUAGUGACAGAUUUAUUUUUUUUUCUCCUUUCAACAAACUUGAUCAUCAUCAUCAUCAAAUGGUUAGUGUUUAACUUCUUCGUCUUCUUCUUCUUCCUUUUAUUGGUUUUUGUUGUUGCUGUUGUUAUUUGUCUAUUUGUACAUUUGUCUUUCGAUGAAUUUGUUAAUAUAAAAACAAACUACCAUUCAUAAUAUUAAUAAUAAUAAUCAUAAUAUUACUACUACUACUACUACUUCUACUAGGUGUAUAGAUAUGUACUACUACUACUACUACUACUACUUAUAUUUGAA